AUGAGUUCAAGAAAAAGACGAUUGUGCAGUAAUGAAGAGAAUAUCGUGCAAUGUAGCGCUGUUGAAAAUAUAGAAAAUGUAACGCUACAAGAAAAUCAAUUUCACAGCCAACAACUUCAUAUUUAUGAACAGCGUAAUGAAUGCAUUACUCCCGAAGUUAUUCUACACAGAAACACAGGAAUUCCUGGCGAUGGUAAUUGUCUAUUCCACUCGCUCAUAAGUGUUUUGCAACUUCAAAUUGAGAGUUGUGACUUGAGAAAUCAGUUACGCGAUUCACCCUAUUUAAACUCCUGCCACAAUCCGCAAGAAGCAUAUAACAUUCUAUCAAGCAGUAAUGAUUACGGAGAUUUGGAUUGUUUGUACUUAUUCUCAAAAAUGUACAAUCAAAAUAUUUGUGUACAUUAUUGUUUUUACAACAUAACUACAACGAAUGAAGACACUAUCUUUUGUCAUUUUAAAGCGAAUGAUGCACAAAACUGGAUUCAUCUUCAUCUUCGUGAACAACAUUUCACACCUUUUUAUGAAGUAUCAGAUUUAUUGGAGACAGUACAAGACGCUACCCAAAAUGAAGCCCAUGUUGAUGCCAAUAUUGAACUAUUGCGUGAUAAUUAUGAUGAAGAUCCUACCGAAGAUAACCAUAACAAUCAUGAAAAUGAAAUUGAGAUUGAUAGAGAAGAUCGAAUUGGUGAAAAUACUAUGGAUUUUAUUGAUGAUGGUACUAAUCCAGUUUAUACAAAUUAUCGUAAACACAGUACAAGUCAUAUUGAUUUUACUAGAAUUUACGAGUAA